AGCGUGAUCGAACGCGAAUUCCGAUUCCUCUCGUCUCGUCUGUAUUUUGUGUGACACAUUCACCUAUCUACGCUUACGCAUUCCAGAAGUUUUGAUACAACGAUUAAUCUCACGUUCGAGUGACGAGGUACAAGCAACAAAUGGCAUUCAAUGUACACUAUGGCAAGUGUUCCUGGCUUUACAUUAGAAACUGCGAAAGCUAUAUUGACAGAUAUCCUGACAGCACUGAAUACACCAGAGAAUUUGCAAAAGUUUGCAGAAGCAAAGGAAAAUUCCGGCAAUGAAAUGUUGAAAAUGAUGCAAUUUGUGUUUCCAUUAGUGACACAGAUUCAAAUGGAUGUUAUAAAAAAUUAUGGUUUUCCAGAGGGAAGAGAAGGAACUGUACAAUUUGCACAGCUCAUUAGAGCUUUAGAGAGAGAAGACGCCGAAGUAGCACAAUUACAUAGUCAAGUUCGUUCGUAUUUUCUUCCACCAGUUACAAUAAAUUCUUCGACUGAAGCAUCUCUCUAGAAAAACAGUUGAGUCAUAUCUAUAUAUAAAUUAUUAUGAUAGGAAAUCUUUGUAUACAUAUAUUAUUUUUAUUUCAAAACUGCUUCAACAGCAUAAAUAAGGAUAAUUUAUACAAGUUGAGAAAAUUAUCACAUGUUUUCUCUGAAAACAAAUAAUGGUUUUUAUAUUAUGUUUCAUUUCGUUUGUUAUAUAUACUUUUUAAUAUUUUGACAAGUUAAUUAUAUAUAUAUAUAUAUAUAUAUAUAAAAUUCUCUGAUCAUCACUUAAUGUUAAGCUUAUGUGUAAUAUUCUAGUAAGGGUAUUUGUGUAAAGAUAAAUAACAUUUUUUUAUGAAAGGAGUAAUAAGAAUAUUGUAAUUCUAUCCCCAUUUCAUUACAGAAUACUUUUGAAUACUCUUGCUUAAAUAUAGAGAUUCCAACUAAUAUAAAUAUAAAUUUAGUAAGU